UUACCUAGGCAUUACCUAGGUGAAGAGCUCAAUUAAGCCUUUUAACAAAGCAAACCAAAAGCUUUAAGCAUUUUUAACUUUACAUUCAUGUCUUGGGGAGUGAUGGGUGGUCACAUGGGUUGGGGUAUCAUUGAAGAGGGAUGGAGGAAAGGCCCUUGGACUGCUGAAGAAGAUAAAUUGUUAAUUGAAUAUGUCAGAUUGCAUGGUGAAGGGAGAUGGAACUCUGUGGCUAAGCUUGCAGGAUUGAGAAGGAAUGGAAAGAGUUGUAGAUUGAGAUGGGUGAAUUAUCUAAGGCCAGACCUUAAGAGGGGGCAAAUAACCCCUCAUGAAGAGAGUAUAAUUAUAGAGUUACAUGCUCGGUGGGGCAACAGGUGGUCAACAAUUGCAAGAAGCCUGCCGGGGAGGACUGAUAAUGAAAUCAAGAACUAUUGGAGAACCCAUUUCAAGAAAAAGGCCAAACUGUCUCCUGAAAACUCUGAUAAGGCCAAGAACCGGCUCCUGAAAAGGCAACAAUUUCAUCAACAACAACAGCAGUUGCAGCAGGAGCAGUGGCAGCAGGAGCAGCAUCAGCAACCGCAACAACAAAUGCAGCAACUCAAUCAAUUUGACAUGAAGAAAAUUAUGUUUUUGCUCGAGGAGAAUGAGCAGAAAGCUCAGCAUAUGCCUCAACCAAGGCAAGAAAUGGGGGCAACAUAUCCUCAUACCAGUAGUGAAGAACAACAAGAAGGGUGGUUCUACUCCAUGGCCGGCAGCAAUGCGCUUUUGACAGAGCCCUCAAAUGAGGAGUUACUGUGGGAUAAUUUGUGGAACUUGGAUGAUUUUCAUGGCAAUUUCGGUGGGGCAGGCAAAGCCACUUUGCCCAAUUUAGUCUCUCCCUUUUGUUAACUUGAAUUUGGGUUAAAUUUUGUGUUCUUAAUCAGUGCAUCCUACUUAAUUAGUUAAUUUCAGCAGUUUAUCACCAUCAAGCGAGAAGGCUCUAAAAAAGCAGCAGAAGGAGCUUUGGAUUGAUGCAGAUUGUGUGGAAAUUUGGCUUGCAAGAAGA